GUGGGGCCGGGGGGCGGAGCUGGGGGGGGUGGCUCGGCGCGGGGGUCGUUGGCUCCAGACAAAUAAAUAUGGAGUCCAUCUUUCACGAGAAACAAGAAGGCUCCCUUUGUGCUCAACACUGCCUGAAUAAUCUGUUGCAAGGAGAAUAUUUUAGCCCAGUGGAAUUAUCUUCAAUUGCACAUCAGCUAGAUGAAGAAGAGAGGAUGAGAAUGGCAGAAGGAGGAGUUACUAGCGAAGACUAUCGCACAUUUUUACAGCAGCCUUCUGGAAAUAUGGAUGAUAGCGGGUUUUUCUCCAUUCAGGUUAUAAGCAAUGCCUUGAAAGUUUGGGGUUUAGAACUAAUCCUGUUCAACAGCCCAGAGUAUCAGAGGCUCAGGAUUGAUCCUAUAAAUGAAAGAUCAUUUAUAUGCAAUUAUAAAGAACACUGGUUUACAGUUAGAAAAUUAGGAAAACAGGUUGACAUGAUGGGUGGUUCCAGAAAUAUAUCUCAAGAUAUUCCACAGAGAUCAGGUACCACUCUUACUUCAGAAGAGCUGCGGAAGAGAAGAGAAGCCUACUUUGAAAAGGGGGUCCUGCAGGCCCUUCAGCAUCGAGGCAUGGAGGCAAACAGUGAUGCUAUGAGUGAAGAAGACAUGCUUCAGGCAGCUGUGACCAUGUCUUUAGAAACUGUUAGAAAUAACUUGAAAACAGAAGGAAAAAAAUAAUACCUUUUAAAAAUCAUUUAGCUAUUCAUACUUUCCAACAUUAUCCUGUGUGGUUACAACAUAGGGUCCAUUUUGGUAAUGUGUCAAAUAGAUGAGGAAAUUAAGACUUUUAGGUGGUUUGCAAACAAAAUGAUGACAAAGUGGGAAAAUGUGUCAGUUGUAGGACUA